AUGUCUGCCUGCACCCCGCUGUACCCAGCUAGACCCCCCCCCCAACUCCACCCCACAAUACUGGCCAGUCGCAGAAUUAAAAGUACAACGGGUUUCACGAUGACGGCCAAUGCAUGUUUCCCAGACAUCACAGGUGGUCGUGUCGAAUUCCAGCCGGUUCCCGAUCGUGUCUGCGCACAUCAAAGCGUCGGCAUUGUGGCGACGGCACGAGAGGUGGGUUCCGAAGGCUCGCAUGUCAUCGACCACAACUCACCGUGCCGAAAUUAG